AUGUUUUACUGCAAUUGCACGUUUCAGUUUUCUAUACGUGGGAUCAAACAACCUCCCAGAGCACCUGGUGGCGGGAAGCUACCUGAGGUCACCAGGGAUGAAGAAACUGGGAGUGGAACAGAGUACCCAGUUCUCCGGCAAUCCACUGAAGGCCCAACUUCUCCUCCCCACUCUUUACCUGCCCACCCUGUCCGAGGCCACCACCAGCUGGACUUUGAGGCAAACCUCUUGAAUGAAUCCGCCCCCUUCCAGGCUGGAGACGGCAGGGCCAGGUACCCCUCCUUCCUCACUAACAUGCCUGACUUUUGCUCAUGUCUUGAUGACAGUCACACAGUGGUUCAACUAAUUCCCAAUGUUUACUUCUGUCCUAGGGUGAGAGGACAGGGGGAAGCCAUAAGCUUUAGGAUUCUUAUCAAGUCCUGCCUAUGUGUUUAUUGGGAGCAUGUCUCAAAAAAAAUUAUGUCCAAAAAGUAUCUCAAAAAAAGUAUCUCUCAUCCUUCCCAUGGACCACAUUACCUUCCUUCCCUUCCCUUCCCGUGUCUAAUUCUUUUCGAUCCCAUAAGACUGGAGCCUUCAGGCUCUUCUGUGCAUGGAACUCUCCAGGCAACAAUACUGGAGUGGGAUGCCAUUGCCUUCUCCAGGGGAUUUUCCUGA